CCAUAAUCAGGUGAACACUUUUGCUUCUGAAACGUAAGCACACAGGUUUCGGUUGUCAGAUGCAAUAAAUAAGCUGCAAGUCUCCUCAGGUUCUUUACUUAUUGACUGACGAAGACCUGAAGACAUGGCUCCAACACUGUUUGACCAUGGAGCAAAGCCCGGGGACCUGAUCGAGAUCUUCCGUGGGACAUAUGAGCACUGGGCUGUCUACAUCGGUGGAAAUGAAGUUGUUCAUUUGAUUCCUCCAAGUGAAGAUUCGGGCCCUUUUGAUAGCCUGUUAAUGCUCCUGGACAGCAGCAGAGCCCAGGUGAGGCGUCAGAAGAUCUGGGAAGUGGUCGGUCCCCACCGUUUUGAAAUCAACAACCUCCUAGAUCACAAGUACGAGCCUCGACAACGCUGCGACAUCGUGAGGGAUGCCUGUACGCUGGUGAGCCAGGAGCUGCCGUACAAUGCCGCCACUAACAACUGUGAGCACUUUGUCACCAAGCUACGAUACGGCGAGUCAGAGUCUCUACAGGUUAACAGAGCAGCUGUGAUUGGAGGCGCUGCUGUAGUGGGCGUUGGUAUUGUAGCUUUGGGUGCCGCUCUGUUUGCCUCCUUGCUCAAAGAUGAUGAUGACAACAAAAGGAGACAUCAUAAGUGACAGCAAUGAGACAGAAAGAUGAAAGGAAAGAUGCUGCAAUUCACCUGGCAAUGAUUUUGAAUCAAACUGUGUGAAUAAACUAGAGAGAAAGUUGUCUUUGUUAGUGUUGCUUUGUCAACACACACAAAAAAAUUCAACCUUAGAAAAGAUAGAGCAAG